AUGUGGUUUCGCCGUCAUCUUUCCUUCACGAAUACACCAUCCAUAAAGCGCCGCCAUGGAAGCCGCGGGAAAGGUGUGGAGCAGAUAACCAAGAACGAGGUCUAUACCACGACCUUGGAGCUCCAGCAGGAGCAUUCCACUGGCCAGAUUGGUGAAGAAUCUGAACCUGUGCUCUGGUACUCUUUAUGGCUUUCUAGGCGGGCGUUAGGAGGACUCGCAACGAUCUUCGCGACCUGUGCCGGAGCACUUGUUGCGAUAUGGCAGAUCAACACUCGAAAUGACGGCUUUCGUUUGGUCACCACGAACCACUACUCCUGGACAUACAGCCCAACCGCUAUCAUUGUUAUACUCGUUGCUAUUUGGCGACAGGUCGACCAAACUUGCAAGCUCCUCCUCCCAUGGCAAGUUCUGCAGAAGGCAGAUGCCUCUGCGAAGACGAGCGUGUUGCUGGACUAUAUAUCACCACUUCAGAUUGUCAGCCUCUGGAAUGCCGUGAGAAAACGACAUUGGCCAAUAUGUCUAACCAUAUCGUCUUUUAUCCUCCUGAAGCUGAUCACCCUUGCUACGACUGGUCUAUUCUUCACCGAUUUCCGGAUCGAAACGUCUCAGACUGGAAACCUCUUCACCGGCACAAGCUUUGAUGGUUCACUAUACAACGCUACCGCGUAUCUUAGUGUUUCCGAUUCGUCUCUGUUUUAUACAGCAUAUGCGGUGAUGGCAAAAGGUCUUCGCAAUGUUCAGGGGACACUCGACAGUACCGCUUAUCAGACCUUGUCAAUUCCAGACUCUGUUUUGAGCUCCAAUGCCACCAUCAGUGCGGCUGUUGACGUCUUCGUGCCCUCAUUCAACUGUGAGAAAACCAAUGCUAGUAUUAACCUUCAACCGGCGAACACAACAGCGCAACAUCCCGAAAGCACCCUGAACCUGCUGGCCCCAAAGUGUAAGCUCCUUGCAGGGGCGCCACCAAUCUACACCCUCAAUCCACAAUUGUACGAAUGCCCUAGUCGACAGCUGAGUGGAUUAAUGCAACGAGUAGACUGUUCUGGACAAAAUUCACCGACGCCCAUCGGGAACUGGCAGCUUCUGACGUUGACAGACAUGCGGUACACGCAGACUCGUGUCAAUGGGUCUGAUGUUGGGGAUGGGUCUGAAUUCGAAGCUUCUUCAUGGUCGUCUGGUGUGGCACAGAUCAGCAGCAUCUUGUGCAGGCCUAGCUACACCAUGCAGACACACCAAAUUACUUACGAUCUCUCCCAGAACCCGACUCAGAUCUCUCUAACACCCCAGGUCACCAGUCAAAGCCGUUCACUGCAAAACUUUGAAGACGCUGAUCUCGGGGUCAUGUUCACGUCUGCAUACAUGGCUUCAGCGCUGAUGUUUGGCAACAAGGCAGACAGUGAUGUGGCAGAGGAGUAUCCGGAUACUAUGUUCAAGACCAUGGCUGAAGUCAGCGGCGGGGGCUACGAGGUCUUACUGGACGAAGAUGUCAUGAUAUCCGCAGCCGAGAAAGUCUUCAACCAUGUCGCCGUGCAGAUUGCCUCGAAAAACCUUGUUCGCGCAGAACAAAGUCCAGUCACCGGCACGAUAUCUGCGCUUCGGCAAAGACUCUAUGUCCGAGAAGCGUCUCUGUGGCUCGUGGUGGCCGGUUUCUCGGUCAUGACCGUGUUAGUAGUCAUGGUAUCCACAAAUCGAUCAACAGGUGUCGUGCCUCGCGAUCCGGAGCCCAUCAGUAGCACAGCUAUUCUGCUGGCGGACAGCCCUGGCUUUGAGGAGGUCCUCUGCGACUGCAGUGCUGUUACAAGUGCGCAACUGGAGAAAGUCCUUGAUCGCUCUCAUUACGCAUCUUUGUCAUCUGUCAAUGCCCACGGCCAGCAAAGUUUCACUAUUGAGGUAACUGACGAUGGAGAGAGCACCGAUUCUUCAAGCACAGACGCCGGUACACCUUGGUGGAACCCUCUCCUUCUCAGGCGCCUCGUGAUGGUGCUUGUGUUAGGGUUACCACCGGCCUUGAUUGCAGUCUUAGAAGUCCUCAAUCAUCUAUCCCAGCGAAAAACAGGGAUAACCAUGCUUUCAGACAGCGGGAGCUUCUCCACAGAGUCGUGCACGAGAUUUGUUCCUGCUCUAGCCAUGCUGUUGGUGUCUACAUCGUUCAAUGCAUUGGAUUUCAACAUUGCCGUCUUGGCUCCUUACCACUCUCUCAAAACCAGGGAUGGUAUAAAUGGUUCGAACCUGUUCCGCUCUGUUAUGGGGAAGAUGCCUCCAAUCGCUUUAUGGGUUGCUGUAAAGCAAAGAUAUUGGAGUGUCUUUAUGUCUUCCGUUGGCGCUCUUCUUGGGAGCUUACUAACGAUCAUCGUUUCUGGGCUUUUGGUCAUUGACAGCAUCGGAACUUCAAUGCCAGCAACAUUGCGAAAGCUCGACAACUUCAACACGACCUGGGCCAACUCUGUGACCAACGAUAGCUCUGCAGCUGUUGUCGUCAGUCUCAUCGAAGCCGCGAAUCUAUCUUACCCUCCGUUCACGUACGAGGAAUUAGCUCUGCCGAAACUUCAGUACGCAGAAGACAUGACCGCAAGCACCGCCCCGGACAGCCUUGUCGAUGCUUUGCUACCAGCUCUGCGUGGCUCUCUGGCGUGCAGUAUGCUUCAACCUGAUCAGUUCAACCUCUCUGGAUCCUUCAAUGCAAGAAUUCUCUCAGCAAGCGCUUCCGUUGAAGCUACAUUGCCACUACCGCCCGAGUGCCCCUACGGAGGUCCAGGUGGCAAUUUAUCGCAUCUGGACUUCCAGUACUUCUUCCAGCUGCCGAGUAGCACGAACCAAAGCUUCAUUGGGAAAAUGCUGGACUUGCAUGUCGGCCCUUACUCGGGCCCUUUCGCAGACAGUUCAGAUGAGGUCUCUCCAUACACACAGGCAGAUAAUCCGGCGGGCUGUCCAUCGCUGGGGUUCAUCUACGGUUAUGUCGACGUGGAAGAUAUGUCCAAGUCGGUAGUGUCUACAAUGGCGUGCUCGCAGGUGAUUGAAAGGCUUGAUGCGAGAGUGGUGUUGAACGCCAAUGACCUCAGCAUUUCCCCCACGAGCGUGCCCGUUGCCAACGAGUCCACAGCCAGCUUGCUUGCCAGCGGUCCAGACAACCUCACUUCCAGCGGUCGCACAACACCGACUGCCUUCCCGUUCAGGCUGCAAGUCCACAUGGACCAAGCACUCUCGAUGUUCAAUCAGACGCAGUAUUCAUCGAGCAGCUUGUCCAGCCAGCCGCCGGUGGACAAUUUCUUCCAAGCCGUCUUAUUCGGCCGCACCCCUGUCCCACAGGAGCUGAUGGGUCGCGCCGACGAAGAAAGCCAGAACCGAGUCAGGCAGGGCAUUCUGAACUUCUACCGCCGAUAUAUGGCACAGGCCAUCUCCGCAAACAUGCGGGUCAAUAAUGGUCCAGCCUCCUCCCCUGCGACAUCGACCGGUGCGGAAGCAGCCGAGGCCGCUCAAGCAACCAGUGUCGCUGCUACGCUCGUCAACGUUCCAGGGGCUGUCCUGCGCGUGAAUUCCACCUCCAAACUCAUCCUGCAGGCCCUCCUAGCAGCCAUGUUCGUCUGCGGCUUGACGGCGGUGCUUCUCAAUCCAAUGAGAAAGGUCGUUCCGCAUAAUCCAUGUACCAUUGCCGGUGUCGCGAGCUUGCUUGCUGGAAGCAGGUUGGUGAAAGAGCUGUCGGCGGCAAAGAGCCAUGACGAAGCCGAAUCGCUCCUCCGCAGUACAUCUGUCCAGUUAGGCUGGUGGGAUGAUGUUGGACUCGCUGAGACGGCGGAUGAAGGGGAUCAGGCGGAAAUUGUACCAGUACGGCGCAGGUAUGGUAUUGAUAUUGUCAAGGAGACUGGAUGA